AUGCGCCUCCAGAACGAGUGGGUCAGAUUCUGCUCAGUUAUAGUAGACAAGGCAUGGUUCUCGGCCACUACGACUAUUCUGACCUUAUACGCCUUGUUUGGUGAUGACAUUCGUAUGGCGUGUUUCGAGCAAGAUGCUGAUUCAACCUUCAACGCGAUAACAAUUGCUUGUCUAGUGGUAUUCGGCAUCGAGAUAAUACUGCAGUCCUUCGGAAAGCCAGAUUACUUUGGGGGAUUCUUCUUCCUAUUGGACGUCCUUGCCACAGGAUCGCUUGUGCUGGAUCUCACCUACGUAGCUGAGGAUCUCUUCGGUGACGACUCGGGAACCGCCGGACAAGGUGAUGCCGCGAGGGCCGGCCGAAUGUCCAGAGCGGGCACUCGGGCCGGCAGAAUCGUUCGGAUCAUCCGCCUUAUCCGUCUCAUUCGUAUUGCGAAGAUGUACAAGGCCUUCGUGGAUGCUCAGCAACGAGAAGCACGUGUGAAGAAUAGACAAAAACAGGAAGAGCUCGCUUUAGAAUAUGUGGAGGAAGAAGAGGAGGAAGAGGAGGAAGAGGAGGGAGAAAGUUUCACCUCGGACGACCAAUCGGAAAUAUCCGAAGAUUUCCUGGACGAUGAUCUUGACUUGAUGAGCGGUGUAGAUGAGGAAAUUGUCGAGCCGGAGUCGCGAGUUGGAAAGAAGCUGACCGAGAAGACAACACAAAAGCUCAUCGUAGCCUCGCCCUUGUUGUUAUCACCCUACCAAUUUAGCAUAGACUGCUCAGUUGUCUUACUCUCGUGUGGUUCUAUGGACAUGUUCAUUUGCAAACAGUAG